AGCGGCCUCUCAUGCAGGCAUUGGUUCUCUACUACUGUCAACAUUCUGCAAGAUGCAGACAUGGAAAUCCUGAUUUUACAGGUUGCAUUGUUAACCAGAGUCCUUCUAUUUACUUAUAGUUUGAGGGAUAUAAGCUAAAUGCUGCAAAUGUCUUUACCAUAAUAUUUUUUUUAUAUAUAGAAUUUGCAUGAAAUCUGUACAGGUUUUGUGUUGAACAAAGUGUGUUAAAUCAGAAUGGAUUUGUCAGGUCUGCUAAUUGUAUUUACCAAUUUGUUGUUAUUAGUUGAAAGUAAAAAAGAUAUAUAUCUCUAUUGUGCAGUUUGUAGGACUCUAGUAGAUGAAGUCAAGUGGAGUAUUAGUCAGGUAGAUCCUAAGAAAACAAUAGAAGUUGGCAGUUUCAGAGUUGAUACACAUGGAAAUCAAGCAAGAUCAGAGAUACCUUUUGCUGGAUCCCAUUCUCAUUUGAUAGAAGUAAUGGAGAGUAUAUGUGAUAAAAUGAGAGAUUAUGGUAAAACAAUAGAUAAUCUGAGUAGAAAUACUAUGAUGAGAAUAUAUGGUAGAGAAGGUCAAUCAUUGUCAAGAAAAAAUAUUAUUUCUGAUUCAUCUUUUACUCCUAAAAUACGACGAUAUUGUGAUACUAUAAUAGAAGAUUUUGAAGAGGAAAUUAUAAAAGUAUUUAAAGAUAAUAAUAUAGAAACUUUGGAGUUUGCUAUUUGUACAGAAAUUGUAGAUGUAUGUACAAGUGAGGAUUUAAAGGAACCUCUACCUGUAGCAGAAGAUGAGGAAGAAGUUUUAUCAAAAGAAGAAGAACUAGAUAAAGAAUUACAAAAGGAUGAUGAACAGAACUAUGAUCAAAAUGAUGUAGAUUUAUUAGAAAAAGAUAGAGAAGAGUUAUAAUCACUAAAUAUAUGUUUGAAGGAAUAUAGUCACCUAAUUAACUUCAGCUACCAUCAUCAUCUGUCAAUUUGACUUGUUUUUGCAUUUAAUUGCACAUAUAUUGGACUUUUAUUCGAAAACAUCAUAUGAAUUUCUAAACUUGACCUCUAUUAAAUUUUAAAUGG